AUGUAUCCAAGUUGUCCAUGUGAUAGAGAAAGUUUUUUUAAUUUUGUUGCGUUGUACAAGUACAUUCCACGUUAUGAAACUGUAGAAGUUGAAACACAUAAUAAUUAUUUAAAAACAUUUUAUCUCGAUGAAAAUGAUGACAAUCUUUACGUUGGUGGAGAAGAUUGGAUUUAUAAAUUGGAUUCAAAGAACAUCAGCAAUCUCAAACAAGAAUUUCAAUUAAAAGCAAAUAAUAAAGAUGCAGACUCUAGAAAUCCCAAGUAUCACAAUCAUAUCAAAGCUAUUCAUCCAUUUAGAGAUUAUUUAUUUGUUUGUGGCACAAAUGGUAAUCAACCCCAGGGCUGGAUACUCAUGAAAAACUUUAAUCUUACGAAUGACAAAAUUCACUGGGAGACAAAAAAUUUUGGAUCUGAUUAUGAAAACUCCGUGACAAGUGUUAUUGUAAAAAAUGAUGAUGAAAAUAUGCAACUUUAUUUUGCUACAAGUGAUUCUAAAACUGAUUUUGUCUCAAUAAUUUUAUCAAAUUUAUCAAUUAAAAAAAACACACAAUCAAUUGAAUUUAAGAGUCCAUUGUCAGAAUAUACUAAAUUUCGAUCACCAACAACAUUCAUAGGCUCAUUUGUAAUUGGAAAUGAGAUAUUAUUUUUUUUCACUGAACGAGCAUAUGAAAAAAAUAAUCAAGAAUUUUUAAUGUCUGAAGACACUUUUAAGAAACAUUCUCGGGAAUAUGGGAGGACUUUUUUUUCUAGAGUAGCUAGAAUUUGUAAAGAAGAUAGUGAUAUCAAUGGAACAAAUUGGAGGACUUUUAUCAAAGCAAGAUUAGCAUGUUCAACUACAAUAAACAAUGAACUUGUACAUUUUAAUAAACUCAAAAGUAUCUACGCAAUACCAAAGAAUGAUGAAUAUUUCUACGCUUUAUUCACGGAGAAAUCCUCUGGAAAACCUUCUGGAUAUUCAGGAAUUUGUAAAUUUAGUAAAUUUGAAAUUAAGCAAGCUUUUAAUAGUUCAUUUAAAGAAAGAAUUGAUGAUACAAACCAAACCAAAGACAAAAUACAAAAACCAAAUUCUUGCGGAAAAAAUUUACAACACAAUCAAAGUUCUACAAAUGAUUAUACACUCGUGGAAUCAGUAAUAAAUGCAACAUCAAUUUGGGGUUUUUUAAGUGAUGAUUUUGAAACAUUAGUUGUUGAUAGACCAAAUAAACUUCCAGGAUUUGAAAAUAUCAGUUGUACAAAUCUAAUACCAUUGAUUUUUUAA